GCCCAGUGCAACCGAGCUCCGGCUGGCGGCUGCUUUGUCCGGGGAAGGAAGUUGAGAGCCCACGGUGGCAGAUCGGGACCGAUGGAAAGAUCGUAUACUGCGCCCACCGGCAUCCUGCAAAACCUUUUGGGUUUGGGUAUUACAAUGAGUCACUGGCAAUCCCCAAAUUGACAUUUCUUUUAUUAUCACUUUCUCACCUAAUUGCUUUCUUAUGCUUUGUGCGUGAAGUUCAGGUUGAAGACAUGGACAAAGUGAGAAGAUUUUUUUUCUCCCCACCUGAAUCCUCAUGAUGUCUCCCAAAAAGUCCCAAUUACGCAAGUUAGAGGAAGAAAGCACCAGUUCAAUACCAGUAUGAGCGUCAUAUAAUCAAAAGGAGGAACUUCCAUCUUGCAGUGUUGUCCUCCUACAAAGACACGCACAAAGCUCAACCUGCACCAUGGACCAACCACUGCUGCGAAGAGAUGUGGGCCGAGGCUGCUCCUCCUGCAGAAUGCUAAAGACUUGGCUUCCCAUCCUCUCCUGGCUCCCCAAAUACACCCUAAAAUGGCUUCAGAUGGAUCUUCUCGCUGGCGUCACCGUCGGCCUGACAACCGUCCCGCAAGCCUUAGCCUAUGCAGAAGUCGCAAGCCUUCCUGUGCAGUAUGGGCUCUACUCUGCCUUCAUGGGGGGCUUCAUCUACACCCUCCUUGGGACAUCCAAGGACGUGACGCUGGGUCCCACGGCCAUCAUGUCCCUACUUUGCUUCUCGUUGGUGGGCGGCGAGCCCCACAGAGCUGUGCUGCUCAGCCUUCUCUGCGGACUCAUCCAGGCUGCGCUGGCAUUACUGAGAUUAGGCUUCCUCUUGGACUUCAUCUCAUUCCCUGUGAUAAAAGGCUUCACGUGUGCCGCAGCAAUAACAAUUGGCUUCGGCCAGGUGAAGAAUAUCCUGGGACUCCAAGAUAUUCCCCAUGAGUUCUUCCCACAAGUUUACUACACAUUCUACAAGAUCCCUCAGGCCCGAAUAGGCGACGUGGUCCUCGGUCUGCUCUGUGUAGCCCUGCUGGUGAUGUUGAUGUUAAUGAAGACAAGUCUGGGAACGAGUGCUGACCCUCCCACAUUGUCCAGAGUGGCUAGAAGAUUUGUGUGGGCUGUUGCUACCAUGCGGAACGCCCUCAUAGUCGUGGCCGCAUCUUUGUGCGCCUUUUCAUGGGAAUCUUACGGCCAUCAUGUCUUCACAAUCACUGGGGAAACCUCCCACGGGCUCCCACCCUUCAGGCCACCGCCAACCUCGGACACCACUGCCAACGGCACCGUGGUAACCUUUGGAAAGAUUGUAGAGGACUUUGGGGGAGGUCUCGCUGUGAUUCCUUUCAUGGGAGUGCUGGAGAGCAUUGCGAUUGCAAAAGCAUUCGCCAGGCAGAACAACUACAGAAUAGAUGCCAACCAGGAACUGUUGGCGAUUGGUGUGACCAACAUCAUGGGCUCCUUUGUCUCGGCCUACCCUGUCACUGGCAGCUUUGGAAGGACUGCAGUGAAUUCUCAGACUGGGGUUUGUACUCCAGCUGGAGGGAUUUUCACUAGUGUGAUAGUGUUGCUCUCUUUGGCGUUCCUCAUGCCGGCCUUCUACUACAUUCCGAAAGCUUCUCUAGCUGCAGUUAUCAUCUGUGCUGUUGCUCCUAUGGUUGACUAUCAAGUAGUGGGAAAGAUGUGGCAGAUACACAAGCUUGACCUCCUUCCCUUUACUGUCACAUUCCUGAUGAGUUUCUGGGAGGUGCAGUAUGGAAUCAUAGGAGGUGUUGCUGUAUCUGGAGGCUUACUGAUGUACACGACGGCUAGACCUCAAAUAACGAUGACUCAUCAAGGUGUACUUCUAAUUCAGUUGGCAAGUGGGCUCAGCUUUCCUGCGGCAGAACAUCUGAGCCACAUCAUACACACUCAAGCUCUCCAGGAAUCUCCUCCACAAUCAGUAGUAUUGGACUGCCAUCAUGUCAGCGUCAUAGAUUACACAGUAAUUAAUGAGCUGAGCGACCUGCUGACGCAAUUCAAACGCCAAGAUGUGUGUCUGGUCCUUUCUGGAUUGCAGCCAAACAUCCUGGAGACUCUUUUAGCCGCAAAUCUGGAGGGCCUCAGGUAUGCCGAUUGCGUUGAGACGGCGCUGCAAAUGGGAUCGGGGAACCUCAAUUUAUGACGCAGGUCGUGCCCAGCCUCUGUCCAAGGAAGAGAUGUUAGCUGACGCCCGCCAAACUAUAUGGGUACUGCAAAGUUGUGUUGACAUUUAAAAUCACUACCCUGCGUAGCCAGAGACCAACCCUUUUUCCAUCCCUUCCUGUACCAUUGAGAACUUGGAACUCAGUGAGGAUUCCUAUGUGACAGUGGUGACCUGAAACCAAAUACCACAUUUAAUUGAUUGUUUUAAUUUUUCGUGACAUAUUUUACAACAUCACAAUUUAUAUUACCUCAGAUAUUGCACCAUUGCUGCAACAGUUUUUUUUUCUCGCCUGAGAAGAAAACAAAACGUAAAACGUCCUGAAACGCUGGUAAAUACUACAUAUUAUCAGCAGCCCACUCUAGCCACACAUAGAUGUACUCUAAUACUGUUAAUAUUGUUAAACAUUUACAUUUUGUUCUUCUGAACCAUUCAAAUACUUUAUAAUCACAUUUAUACUAUUUUGUAAAUACUUUAAGCUCUUUUGUAUUAUUGUUACGGGCUGUACCAGUAAAAAAAAUAAAAAAUCAUUUUUGAUUCAUCUUUUCUUUUCGAAUGUCAAAUUGAUGUAGCUCUGUUGUGAAUAAUCAUAGACUGGAAAUACAUGUUUGUUUUAGUCAAAAGAGUGACCUGAUGUUUUUGACAGCACCUCUGUAGCAUAUCUUAAGUACAUACUUAUGUAUUGUGUUAAGAUUGUUCUGUGAAGAGGUUGUUUUAAUUCAGGUAUUAAAGGUCAUCUGCUGUACAUUUGUACGAUUU